AUGCCACUCUUCAGCAUUGGUUUCAAGUUCGGACGGUCCCUCCAGACGGCCAUGACAAGGCUGUCCACUAUUGAGGACCUUGCAGAUGCAGCUGCAGCCGGGACUGAAGUCCGCAGGUACUUGGAGGACAGGGGCAUCAAAACUGUUCCUACUCUGGCCUUGCUAGCAGAUACCCAGGAUGAUCUUGAGAGGGUGUUGAUCAAUCCUCUCAUUGACGGGUGGUCUCAUAGCACACCAGCCAUCAAGAUCCACGAACGGGAAGCUCCCAUUGUUCGGGCGAUACUCCAACACAUGUGGGCGCUGGCAUGCAAAGAAUGGACUCAACAGAUGUCACCACCAUCCAGCUCGACACCUUCCGCUCCAGGCACUGUGAGUCCAACAGAUCCCAAGGCCUCUACAGCAGAUAAGGUUCCUACAACACUGCCUUCUGGAGAAUGGAAUCGGUUAGUUCAGGCGUACAGUUCCAUCCUGCUCAAUGGUCGCACCAGGCAGUUCCCAGUGUCCGAACUCCUUGGAGCAGAAUCUGUGCUCGCCAGAGCAUUACACGAACAUAGAGUAUCCAAGCAAUACUCUCCGAUUUUACUGGGCGAAAUUUUGAGUCGACGUAGCUUUACGUCGUCAGGCGAGAUCAAUCCUUUGUCCAGGUCUCCAAAGAAGCAGUCUGUCCUUACUCUACAAGACGGUGAUUUAGUCCAACAACCAGAAUCACCCUGGGAGCCAAGAAGCCUGUUCGCAUUGAUUGAUGGGCUGAACAGCAUUCGAUGGGCAUACGUCCUUAUCCAACUUGGAGAUGAGCUUGACAUUCAUGAGUUCUUCGACUGGCUCCAACAAAGAUUUCGUUCCCGACCGACGAAAUUGGAACAAUUGGCAUCUUAUUUCCUGUCAAUUUCCUGGCGUUUGUGCAUGUCGAUGAGGUCCGGCACUUCAUUCGCUGAGGGCGCCCGCGACAUUAUGAAGGAUUGGGACAAGUUCGCGGAGCAUAUGGCCAAAGAAGACACCAAGAAGGCUUCUCCGAUGCGGCCCAAGACCACCUUCGAACCCAAGGGCAAUACCAAGCACUCCAAGGGAUACAAGUCCAACCACUGGCGGCCGGGCCCAUACUCGGGGGUUCCACAACGUGGCAAGGGCUACAACUCUUACCGGUCUUCAUGGGCAACACGUCAGUCUGUGUUGUUACUGGCAUUUUUCGAUGGCAUUGGGUCUGCAGCCACUGCACUUCAUGAUAUUGGCAUCAAGAUCUCAGGCUAUUUGAGUUGGGAGGUUGACCCUGAGUGCAAGUCCAUUGUUGAAUUUCAUUUUCCAUUUGUACAACACCGAGGUGAUUUUUCAUCAGACAAUGCCGAGACCAUCGCAUCGUCAGUCAAGUCUUUGGAUCCUGAUUGCACAUCUCUAGUCUUGUUUGCCGCUGGUCCACCAUGCCCAGAUUUUUCCGUGGUUAACUCUAGUGCACUAGGUCGUUUUGGCAGUGAAGGUGCUAAGUUUGAUCUGUAUUGUGAUUUGGUCGAGUCGUUAGAACCUUUGUUGCGCCCUAGGACUAUUGUUCACUUGUGUGAGAACGUAGUUUGUCACAACCCUGAAGAUGCAGCUCAUUUUUCCAAACGCCUCAGAGCUCAACCAAUAGUUGUGGACUCUGCAGAUACUGCGUUGGUCAGUCGGCCUCGACUGUUUUGGACACGAAAACCUUGGACUGAACCUAACGUAAGCCCUUUCACAGGCAAACCUCUGAAGUGGGGUAAGGUUCACAAAACUCCCAGGUUGAUCAUGGACGGACCAGUCAUGACAGCUUCUGAUUUGGAGUUGCCACCAGACACAUGGCUUCAUCCUUCAGUUGUCAAUCGCUCCAAGACCAUUCCGUGUUUCACAACGCCUGCUCCUACAGAUGAUGGGAGGGCACCGCCCAAGCGCCAACGCGGAACCAUCGAUCCAGCCACACGACACAGGUGGCUCUCAGAUGCUCGAUGUUUCGCACCAUGGCAAUACCAAGAACAUGCCAUGCUGAGCACAUGGAAUCACCAGUUUGUCGUUUUGCCCCCGGAAGCAAAGGAACAGUUGCAUGGUUUUCGUCCAGGAUACACAGCAGUAGCCGGUGCCGAUGAUCGGUCCCGACACCGUAUGAUCGCUAAUAGUUGGCAUUUGCAUGUUGUACGUUUUCUUUUACUGUUGUUGCUUCAGUUGCCGACCUCGAAGGCAAGUGUUGUUCCAUGUUCACCCAAACAGUCUACUUUGCAACAGAUGAUUUCGUUGGCACAGUGUGAAUCAGCAUGCAUCGGCCCAGGCGGAUGGAAUGAACCAGCUUCCAUUAUGCCUCCUGCACAUGAUAUGUGGUGUCAUUGGCGACUGUCCAGUAAGGCAGUUCAUCCAAUUUUUCAAGAUCCCCAGGUCGAGCCAGGGAUUCAUCAGUGUUUUCAGAAGAUGUUUGAGAGAAUCGGUGAUUUGCCAAGACUGAGGCGUGAAGUGGUCUCAGACAUCCGAGCCUUGGUAGAUGAUUGGUCUGAACAUACUCAACAGUGGUACCAUGGCAUCCCAGGUCAUGUAGCGUCAGUUUACGGUUGGCCUCAUUCGCAAAUUUUCCAGGUUCCGGUUUUUCUUCAUUUGUUGGAACAAUGUAACAUGACCCAUUUGGCUGAUCUCACUGCAGAUCUCACGUUUGGUUUUGAUGUCAUCGGAGAGUUGCAUCAGGGUCCAGGCUGGCUGCCCCGUACAGAUGACAAGUACCAGCACCCUAUUUCCUUUGAUACGUUCAAGGCCUUGAAUUCUGCCCAUGUUCGCAGUCGCCUUCAACAUUUGCGUCCAGAUCCGCAUUGGCAAUCCAUGUUAGAUGAAUUGUUGCAAGAGAAAGCUAAGGGUCGUCUUGAGGGCCCCUUUUCGUCACCUGCUCAUUGGCCGGUACAGAUGGUUGGCAUCCAGGACCACCCGCUGCAGCCUUUGGAUAGUGAUCAGUUGUUCGCAGCCAUGUCCUUUUCUGUUGAACAGGUCGAUAAAGUUCGCCGUAUUGAGGAUUGGUCGGCAAGUUUCCAUAAUCAGACCAUUCAGGUGAGUGACGUGCCGACACAUCAUUCCAUUCAGCAUUUUAUCGCGUCAGCUCAGUUUUGCCACAAGGCGGGGUUCACCAGCAUAGCUUGGGGUCACGACCUUAAUGCAGCUUAUCGCCAGUUAGCUGUUCGCGAUCCCACACUGUGCCAUGUGGUCAUGAGCUUGCCACAGGGCCACACUCUUUGGCGCCACAAUGCAUUAUCAUUUGGUUCAACAGCAGCAGUUUGGUCUUUCAAUCGUCUCGCUGACAUGUUAGUGUUUUUAGCACGCAAAUUACUUCUUUGCCCCGCUUAUCACUAUGUUGAUGAUUUUUCUUCAAUUGAACCUGUGGUGACGGCUACAUCUGGGUUUGAGUCUUUUGCUGAUUUAUUUGCACUUUUAGGAUUACACAUGAAAGAGAAGAAGGCUCAACCUCCAGCCCCCAGUCAACGUAUGCUGGGUGUUUUCAUUCAAAUCACAAAUGCAGGUGUUCAGUUGACUCCUUGUCCAGACCGUGUCAAAAAGAUCAUUCAGAUGUUGGACCAUGCUCUUGAGACGGGACAGCUGUCUCCAUCAGUUGCACAAAAGGUGGCAGGCAAGAUCAACUUCUUGAACACAGCUCUUUUCGGACAUGCCGGAGCAGCAGCUCUCCAUUGUGUGUAUACUCGUUCGGCAGGGAUCGAUGUUCGCAGUCGCUCGGAGUUUACUUUGUCCAAGCCGUUACGCACUUCUUUGAUUUUCCUGAGGUCUUUGCUCAGUGACAUUUGCCCACGGUGGUUACCGUUUCACCGUUCAGGUCCUCAGGUUGUAGUGUACACAGAUGCAUUUUUCCAGUUAGGAGACUUGAAGGUUUCUCCGCAUGACACUCGGAUCCCGCAUCACUGGUCUCCACCUCAGAAACAACCACUGAUCAAUGGCUGGGGUGUUGUCAUUCGGAUUGAUGACCGCACCAUGUACGCAAUGGGCAGCAUUUCAGAUAAAGUACUUCGCAGAUUUGGCACCAGAAAGGCCUUCAUCUAUUUUCUCGAAAUUGUCGCUCAGGUCAUUGUUGUUGUUUUCUUUCGGUCCGUUUUGCCUUCAUUUUGGCUUUCAUUUAUUGAUAACCAGGCCGGUUGUUGUGCACUUUUGAAAGGAUAUGGUCGUGAUGAUGUAGUUAACCAUCUGUUGUCCUUUACUUGGAGUUUGUUAGCAAAGCACGCUUCGACACCGCACUUUCAUUUUGUUCCUUCAGAUCUCAACGUAGCUGAUUCAAUCUCGCGUGGCGAUGACUCUGACGCGGUUCGGUUGCACUGGCAACGCGUACAUUUGGAUUUGCAUGCCUUUGAGGAUUUGCUCCUUUUGGUAGCAGAUGAUUUGCACUUUGCGACUACCAAUGCAGAACAGCGGGAAGAAGAGACUGCAUUUGGCAUUCAUCACUUCUUGCUGGCCAAAACUAUGCAUCCCAAUCGAGAAGAGAAGGAACCGAUGAAACUUGGUUGCAGCGGCAGGUACCAGGUGCCUGCAGAGCCCAAAAAGAAGGCGGCGAAGGCCACCAAGAAGGCUCCCAGCAUUGCCAUCAGACUGGGCCGCACCUGGAAUGCUGCCGAGGAGGAGGGUUUCACCACCAUUUGCGACGCGGAAGGAUGUGAGGAAAAGGGCAGGAUGCCGGUGGUGCGGCGCAGCAGAUACCGCCAUGCCGCGCUGGCACUCAGCGCUGGUGUGGCGCUGGCAGCACCUGAGCUGAGGCACUGUGCCUUCCUUGCGCCUUCCGCACCACGGAGCGAAGCGCUAUGGGAACGACCCAUUGGCUAUACAGGCCAAGCCGUGAGCUCCUCAGGGGGAGCGCAAGCCCGCGCGCCGCGCGCUGCGUUUGGUGGCGGCCGACCGGGUGGCAGGGGACCAAUGGCCGAGCCUGAGUGGCUGGGCUCGCUCUUUUUUGGGCUCAUCAUUUUGAGCUUCAUCCCUGGCCCAUGGCAGGUGAUCCUAAGCCCCAUCAUCGGCUUGAUCAACUUGUUCUACAUGUUCAAGUUUGGCAUUUUCCUGCUGGCCAUCGCGGCCAUCUUCGGUCUUCAAUGGUACUUUGAGGCCACCACCAUGGAGGGCCAAUGCCCAGGCUGUGGUGCCCUGCAACGUGCCCCUAAGAACGAACCCUUCAACUGUGCCAUGUGCGGACUGGAGCUGGAAGCCAAAGAUGAACAAUUCGUGCGGUACAUGAAGAGUGGCCAAGCGCCACAGAAUCCCUUUGACCAGAUCAAGGACAUGGCUCAACAGGCUGCAGAGAAAACGAGCUCUGCCAAGCCUCCAGCCAGGUGGGAUGGAGCUGGGAACCAUGGCGAAUUCGUGGUAGUCGUGAUAGGACAAUAUCCUACAAGAGUUCCAUUAAAAUUAGUGUAUACAUCGAUAUAUAUAUAUAUGUAUAUAUAUAUGUAUGUAUAUAUGUGUAUAUAUGUGUAUAUAUGUGUAUAUAUGUGUAAAUAUGUGUAUAUAUGUGUAUAUAUGUGUAUAUAUGUGUAUAUAUGUGCAUAUAUGUGUAUAUAUGUGUAUAUAUGUGUAUAUAUGUUUAUAUAUGUGUAUAUAUGUGUAUAUAUGUGUAUAUAUAUGUUAUAUGUGUAUAUAUGUGUUUAUAUGUGUCAUGUGUAUAUAUGUGUAUAUAUAUAUAUAUAUAUGUGUAUAUCUUCUUUUUGUAUCUCUUUGUUAUAUUUGGUCUCUUUUGUCUCUCUGUAUCCCCUCUGUUCUCUCUUGUGUCUCUCUUGUCUCUAUGUGUAUAUCUGUGUCCCUCCGUCUCUCUCAUUCUCUCUCUCUUUGUGUUUCUCUGUUUCUCUCCUUUGUCCUCUCUGUUCUCUCUGUGGUCUCUCUGUGUCUCUUUUAUCACUCUUGUGUCUCUCUGUGUCUCUCUCUGUCUCUCUGUUUCUCUUUUCUACUGUUCCUCUUUUUAUCUUGUUUCCUCUCUUUUUAUAUGUGUAUAUAUGUGCAUAUAUGUGUAUAUAUGUGUAUAUAUGUGUAUAUAUGUGUAUAUAUGUGUAUAUAUGUGUAAAUAUGUGUAUAUAUGUGUAUAUAUGUGUAUAUAUGUGUAAAUAUGUGUAUAUAUGUGUAUAUAUGUGUAUAAUAUGUGUAUAUAUGUGUAAAUAUGUGUAUAUAUGUGUAUAUAUGUGUAUAUAUGUGUAUAUAUGUGUAUAUAUGUGUAUAUAUGUGUAUAUAUGUGCAUAUAUGUGUAUAUAUGUGUAUAUAUGUGUAUAUAUGUGUAAAUAUGUGUAUAUAUGUGUAUAUAUGUGUAAAUGUGUGUAUAUAUGUGUAUAUAUGUGUAUAUAUAUAUGUGUAUAUAUGUGUAUAUAUGUGUAUAUAUGUGUAUGUAUGUGUAUAUUUUGCUUUCUCCAACUAUGUCCAGUGCAGGGAUUCGCAUGUGGUCACCUGGAUGCAUAUGACAUCUAG